CCGAUCCAGGAUCUUGCAGACUUCAAGAUGGCGUCUAUGGUUUUAAGAUGCCAAUAUAAGGGAGGAAGACGCAACAAUCUUGAAGGACUCUCAGCCAACUCCACUGUUGCUGAUUUGCAGGAGAAGAUAUGGUUACUAACAGAUGUUCCACCACAUGCACAGAGAAUUCUUUUAGGAUUUCCACCAAAGCAGUUGAUCUGUGAAGAUAAAAGUGACUCUUUGUCCUCAUUGGACAUCCGCUCAGGAGACACUCUCAUCAUUGAGGAGGAUAAAAAAGCACCAAGAGUACCUUUAGACAGUUACAAGAAAUCUUUAGGAAGUGCUGCACUAGGGAAACUGACAAGGAAAGUUGUUCCAGCUGAUAAUUCCUGCCUGUUCACAAGUGUUAGUUAUGUUAUGGUGGGUGACUCCUCCUGUUCUGCUGAAUUAAGAAAUCUCAUUGCACAGUGUGUUUCAAAUGAUCCUUUGACAUUCAAUACUGCUUUCCUUGGCCAAGAUAACUCAGAUUACUGCAACUGGAUAUUGAAUAAAGACAAUUGGGGAGGAGCAAUUGAGCUUUCAAUUCUGAGUAAGCACUACCAAACAGAGAUUGCUGUUGUUGAUAUCGAGACUGGGAGAGUUGACAGAUAUGGGGAAGGCAUUGGCUACAGCAAAUGUGUUUAUCUGAUCUAUGAUGGCAUUCAUUAUGAUCCUCUCGCUGUACAAAGUUCUGACCGUACAAAAGAACCUCUUCAGACUGUUUUUCCUGUUGGAGACGACAUGCGACUAGCUGAAGCUCUUGAAAUUGCUGCAGGGGCUAAACAGAAACGCCAAUUCACGAACCUAUCUCAAUUUUCUAUCCGCUGCCUCGUCUGUGAAACACUGCUCGCUGGGCAACAAGCGGCUCAACAUCACGCAGUUACCACAGGUCAUACGAACUUUGGAGAAGUCUGAACAAGCCUUGAGGUUGGGUGGUUUGGACUUUUUCCAGUUCCUCCUGGAUUCCGAAUUCGGACAGAGAAAGGCUGGGCGUGACGCAUUCCUGAGCGCGCUAAAAUGUGGUUACCCAACAGAAGUGGUGUUUAAGUGCAUUCACGAGAAAUGCUACGUCUGACCACAGAGUGAACGAAGUCUAAACGCAAAAUGAACGCAGUCCGCAGCUGAAACUCCAAUUUUGCGAAUACUUGCGCAAAGAACUGGAAAUGUGAUUUAAAGAGCCCUUAUCAUUUCCAAGUGUCAAGUUUGCCGAGGAAACUAACUGAAAAACGAUACGUUAGGAUAUAAAAACUUGAAAAAAAUAUCAUUUUUGUUGAAUGUGAAUUUAAAUGUAUUAUUUAUUCAAGUCUUGAAAUUGUCAAUAUUUGACUAAUCAGAUUUACUCUCAAUUUGAAAUAGUUCCAAGUGUCGUAACUAUUCAAUCUAAAGCAAUUGAAUGGUUCUUUUAUUUCACUCCUUUUUGAAGAUUUAGAUAGCAGUACUUUCGUAAUUGCCAGUCAAGUAAAUCAUCUGAAGAACUAUUUUCGAUGGAUGAACAACACUAAUGGCCGACCGAUUGAAAUCUGUCAACCAUCAAAGACGUAUUCGAAAAGGGGAGCUGGCUUAAAGUUGUUCAGUGAUUUUGAUUGUAGGGUUAGAAUCCCCGUAAUUAAGCACCGUUUUUUUUCCCUCAGGAAGUACGUGCGCCAUGAUUGGUCAAUUUAGCGGGCCGUAUUUCACUGCAAGGCCCACUUAAUUCAAAAGAUUGCUUCUAUUGAAAACUUC